AUGAAGUUGAGUGGGAAAGGACUGUGUACCAUCGUCUCCAGCACCCUCCUCUUCGUCUGCGCCGUGAGCGAAGUUGUGGUCGGAUUCAAAUGCAUCUCGCUGGGCACCAAAGUAAAAGUGCAUUUUCACCUCUCGACCGCGGCUGGGGCUUUCUACUCGGGGAUACUGGUCGGACUAGGGCAGGCGCUGCUGGGUUUUGCGCUGCUUUGUUGCAAAGGGAAGCCCGGGUGUCGGAAUUUCUUUCUCAUGGGUAUCCUGGUGUUUUUGUUGGGAGUUCUCACCGCUUUCUCCGGCGCGGUGGUGGACGGGGACACUGUGUCUCUUGUGGAGCGCAAAUAUUCCCAUUAUUGCCUAGACAUAGACUCUGUGGAAUUAACCACCAUCUGCAACCAACUGAAGGAUUAUCAGAAAAGUCUAGUCAUCUCGACCAUUUUUAGCACUUUGGAAUGCCUUCUUGGGCUUAUGAACUUGGUGAUCAUCAAAAGGUACAAAACCGCGCAAUUUUACAGACGGAGGCAAUCACAUAGGCAGAGCGCGGGGGAUAUUCUUAGCAGCGAGGAGCAAGACUUCACCGUGUCCGAAUUCCAACCGGUUUCCUAUAUUAACUUGGGGAUAUUUCACGUGUUCGACGAGGCAGGUGUGGAAGUACAAUGCAGGGGCCACCCGUCUAUCGAGCUCCCGGGUUAUUCACCCACGGAUCCCGAGCUCAACCAUUCCUACCCGUUUUCUUACCCGCUCCCGAACGAGCUACCGCCCGCGUACGAAGACAUUUUCCCCGGAGACGAAAGUAACAAAUAG